ACUGGUCACUGGUCAGGAAAAUACGUGUUCAGAGCGGUAAGUCUCUCAGUCUCUACGGAUGUAAAAGGAUUGGAGAGACUAAUAUAUAACAAAUGAAACAUCAACAGGACACAGAGGCAAUGAAUGCUGGCUUAUCACAAAGAAUGGGUAUGGAAUGUGUAAUAUCGUAGGAAGUGUAGGCUGGUGAUUACUGCGAGGAAACCAGAAGUAGGUGAAACCCAUCAGCCUAGGCAGCCCGGAAAACCCCCAGACCAGGGUCCAUCUGGUAUCACUAAAAGCCAAACAACCAAUGUCUUUAAGACAGAAAAGCCCAAACCUGGAAGGAGCCCCUCCUCCAUCAGCUUGCUAGAGUCACGAUCAAGGCCUGAAGUGAAAGAGGAUCCAAAAGCAGCCAUGAUGCCCAGCUUCCUCAGUGAGGGCAACCCCCUCAGUGCGAUGUCUUCUGUAGUGAACAAAUUCAGCUUUUUCGGGGAUGCAGAGGAAACGCAGAAAGCACAGUCACAGCAACCAGGGCCAACUAAAGCAGCACAGCAGCAAGGGUCCCCAAAGCUUACACAGCAACAACAGGGGCCUUUAAGGCCUGGGCCUCAGCAACAAGCAGGGCCUAUACAUCCGCAGCAGCAGGGGCCUCCCAAAACUGGUCCUCAGCAACAAGGGCCUGCUAAAACUGGACCUCCACAACAAGGGCCCACUAAAACUGGACCUCCGCAACAAGGGCCCGCUAAAACUGGACCUCCGCAACAAGGGCCCGCUAAAACUGGACCUCCGCAACAAGGGCCCGCUAAAACUGGACCUCCACAACAAGGGCCUGCUAAACCAGGACCUCAGCAACAAGGGGCAGCUAAAACUGGACCUCCACAACAAGGGGCAGCUAAGCCUGGACCACAACAAAGCCCUCCAAACCAUGGACCUCAACAGCAAAGUCCUGUCAAAUCUGGUCUGCAACAACAAGGCCCCGUUAAGCUUGGACCUCAACAGCAAGGACCUGCAAAACCUCCCUUCCAGCAGCCAGAUCCUCGAAAGGACCCAUCUAAACAAGAAAUCCUUUCUAGCCAAUCACAAGGCCCAUCUUCCAGUUCUACACCAGCCCAUAAGAAAACUCUUUGUCCUCUUUGUACAACAACUGAGCUUCUUCUUCACACUCCAGAAAAGGCAAAUUAUAACACCUGCACACAGUGUCAUAUUGUGGUGUGUAGCCAGUGUGGAUUCAAUCCAAAUCCCCACAUGACAGAGGUGAAAGAGUGGUUGUGUCUGAACUGUCAAGUGCAAAGAGCAAUGGGCAUGGAUGUCUCUGGACCUCCCAUGGCAAAGCCACAACCUCAGCAGCCCAAACAGCAGGUUACCCCUGGCUCCCCUCAGAAGACUGAACCAAGCAAAGCACCAGAGCCUAAAAAACCUUCCCCACUAACCAAACAGCAGUCUGUGUCCAGUUCUCCACCCAUAAAGCCUAAAGAACCCUUGAGUGAUUCUUUGAGCCAGAAACAAGCACAGCAGAAAGAUUUGACUCCCAAGCCUGGCCCAGCAAGGCCACAAGAGGAUAGUAAGCAGAAACAAACAGGGGUGCAGAAACCACCAGAUCAGACUGUGUCUACCUCUCCUGCUCCUGGCAUCAAACAAGCUUCACAGGUUCCCCAAGGCCCUCCUCCAACACAACAAAAACAGCCGACACAGGUACAAGAUGCCACUAAGCCAACCUCACAGCCUCCACAAGCUGGUGUAAAACAAAUGCAACCUGAUCCAAAAUUACAGCCCCAGCAGAAAUCCAGCCCAAAACCCACAGAGCAAUCAUUGGAAGCAAAAAGUCAAAAAUCUGGAGACCCCACAAAACAAGUGCAAACACAACUGAAAGAAACAGCUAAGGGUGUGACUCCUAAAACUGACCCCAAAACUGGUUUACCAGUACUGGAGCCAGCAAAAUCUGAACAGCAGCUACCAAAAGGUUCCCCAGUACCAACUGCUGCCAAACCUACACAGCCUGCACAAGUGCAACCCAUUCAGCAACCCCCAAAACCUCAAGAGCAGUCAAGACGGUUCAGCUUAAACAUUGGCGGUAUAACAGAGACACCUAAGCCACAGCCUACCACUCCUCAAGAAACUGUAACUGGCAAGCUAUUUGGAUUUGGAUCUUCAUUCUUCAGUCAGGCAUCUAAUUUGAUCAAUAUGGCAGAUAAGCCAGAAGAACAGCCUGUUCCCGUUGCUAAACAGCAACCUCCUUCUCAGCCUGUGACUCGUCAACAACCACCCAAGGAAGCCAGUUCGGCUCAGUCCUCUCCAAAGCUCCCUCCUGCCAAAAAGGAAACACAACCUCCAGUGGCACAGAAGCCAGAGCAACCAGUUGUUGGAAAAACCCCUACCUUUGGUCAGGAGAAAAAAUCUGUUUCUGAAAAAGAAGUUAAACCUCCGGUGGAGGCAACUAAGACCGUGGCAGGAAGCAGUGCUCCCCCUGCACCUCCUAAAUCAAACUGUCCACUCUGUAAAGUUGAGCUCAACAUUAGUUCUAAGGAUCCACCUAACUUUAACACUUGUACAGAAUGCAAGAACGUGGUAUGCAAUCUUUGUGGAUUUAAUCCAAUGCCUCACCUCACAGAGAAAGAAUGGCUUUGCUUAAACUGCCAGACACAAAGGGCCCUCACUGGACAACUUGGAGACAUGGGAAAAAUGACACCGCCAAUGCCUGUCUCCGUGAAAUCAGCAGCCAAGCAGCCCCCAGGACCUAAAAUUCAGCCUGGGCCCACAGAACAGCCACCUACUCAAAAAAGCACUGAAAUCAUCACUGAACCCAGACCACCUAAACCUAUACAAGUGCAGCAAAAAAAGGAGGAAGAGCCAUAUCAAGGGGAAACACCCACAGUCCCUGUGAUAGAAAAGAGGGAUGAGAAAAUACCUCAAAAGCAAUUGACAAGGACACCUUCUCUUGACAAAACACCACCGCAGAAGCCUAAAGACAUAAGCCAAUCUGAGGUCAAGAUAGACAAAAAUGAGAAAGCUUCAGUCACUGAGCCUACGAAGCCCUUGCCAGACACACCUCGGAAAACUACUCCAUCUCUUCAAGUAAGUAAGCAAGCAGAGGGUAGUCCUAAUACUGAGUCAGCAGAAACCUCCUUCUCCAGGACACAAGAGAAGAAGCAAAUGACAGAGAUUCCAGUCGAAGCACAGUCAUUGAAAAAACCCAUUCAAGUGGAAAUUGUGAAAGAAAAGCCUGAAAAGGAAGAUGAUAAAUCUGAUAUUUCAGGUUCUUCACAGCAGAAAAGCCCCCAAGGUUUAAGUGAUACUGGCUACUCAUCUGAUGGUAUCUCAAGUUCACUAGGGGAAAUCCCAAGUCUUGCUCCAAGCAAUGAAAAGGACUUGCUUAAAGAGCCUUCAAAAAAGGACUCACUUUCUCAAGAGAGUAGUCCUUCAAGUCCAUCAGAUUUGGCCAAGCUAGAAAGCACUAUGCUUUCAAUUUUAGAAGCCCAAACAAGCACAGUUGAAAAAGAUCCAUACAGCCUUUAUGGUGAGCAGGAAAGGGAUCGCCACAGAUCUAGAACAUUGCCAAUCACCCCAGAAUCUUGCAGUUCAGACGAGGAGGAUCUAGAAGACAUCCAAGAAGAGGAUGAAGAAGCUCUGGAAGAGGAAGAUCAGAGUGAUGCAUCACCUAGCAAAUAUGGCAGAAAAGGUCAUGAUUCUAAGAAUGAUAGUUCAGCAAGUAGGCAACGUUAUGAUUCCAUUGAAGACAGCAGUGAAAGUGAACACUCCCCUCUUCCGCAAAGAAAAAGGAGGGUAAGUAUUGGAUCCUCCAGUAGCGAUGAAUACAAACAAGAGGAUAAUCAGGGUUCUGGAGAUGAAGAUUUUAUUCGGAAACAGAUCAUUGGAAUGAGUGCAGAUGAGGAUGCCUCUGCUUCUGAUGAGGAUGAUUACAUUAAGACUCAGAUUAAAGAAAUUAGUGCAGAGCAGAAAAAAGAGCAUGAGGAUCGAAAAAGCAAAGGGAAAAGUACAGCAGGGAAAAGCAAACGACUAACCAAAAAAAGUAGCACAAGUCAUGAGGAUGACCCAGGGAGGAGACAUUCAUGGCACGAUCGUGAUCAGGAAGAGGAAGUGUAUGAUGUAAACCCAGAGUCAAAGUUCAGAGAAACCAAAAGUCAGGAAAAUGAAGAACUCUCUGUCUCAAGUGGAGGAGGCCUCAGACGUUUUAAGACAAUUGAGCUAAACAGUACCACUGCAACACCAUAUAUAGAAGGGACAAAGAAACAAGGGAGUCAGGAAGGCUAUGAGGGAGAGCUUGAGAUGGAAAGCCUAACUGACUCUCCUGAGGAUAGAUCAAGAGGUGAAGGUUCAUCCAGUCUACAUGCAUCCAGCUUUACACCUGGAACUUCACCUACAUCUGUGUCAUCACUUGAUGAAGACAGUGACAGUAGUCCCAGUCACAAAAAAAUGAGUGGAGAAAGUAAACAACAAAGAAAGGCCAGACACCGAGCCCAUGGCCAAGUCCUCCCUACUAUUGAAGACUCUUCUGAAGAAGAAGAGCUGCGAGAAGAAGAAGAACUCCUUAUGGAACAAGAGAAGCAGCGUGAGCUGGAACAGCAGCAGAGAAAAAGCUCCAGCAGGAAAUCCAAGAAAGACAAAGAUGAACUAAGAGCACAGAGGAGACGCGAGCGUCCUAAAACACCACCAAGCAAUCUGUCCCCAAUUGAAGAUGCAUCUCCUACAGAGGAGUUACGUCAAGCAGCAGAGAUGGAGGAACUCCAUAGGUCUUCUUGCUCUGAAUACUCUCCAAGUAUUGAAUCUGAACCUGAAGGUUUUGAAAUUUCCCCAGACAAAAUUCUAGCAGUUCAAAAGGUGUACAAGUUACCUACAUCUGUAUCCUUGUAUUCUCCAACUGACGAGAAGAAUAUUGAUAUAUCCCAAAAGGCUACUACUCCAAAAUCUUUAAAAUGUGCUGAUGAAGUUUAUGAAGAAAUGAUGCAGAAAGCUAAACUGCUUCAAAGUCAGAAGGAAACAGAUGUAACACAUGAGAAGGAGCCAUUAUAUGGAGGUAUGCUAAUUGAAGACUAUAUUUAUGAAUCAUUAGUAGAAGACACAUACAGUGGAACAACAGACAGCAGCUACUUGAUUGCACAACAAGAAUCAAGCAAAGGAGUAGUGCAGGAACCUGGAAAGAAAUUAAGAUCGCCGGAUCAGGUUUUUGAUGAUAUGAUGCAAACACAGAAAUAUCAGACAGAAGAGGAAUAUUAUUAUUCACAGCCAUCAAACGAAACAUUACCUCAGCAUGCCAUGAGUUUGCCACCUUCUGUCAGUAAGACAAGCCAGUUUUCAGAUUCCACAGGAGGUGUAGAACCCUCUACAAAGGAAGAGAAACCACUGUUGGUUGCAGAUGCCGCUUAUGAGGAGCUUAUGAAGCGACAAAGGGCUAUUCUGACACCUGGGACCAGCCCAACCCAGCCUCCUCCUGUUUCAUCAGACCUGUCUAUAACUUUAUCUGCAACUGGGUUCAGGGAAAUACAUGGUGAAUCUAUAAUGUCAGCUCCCAUUACAGGUCAUGCAACGUGUACAUCAGUAGUAGUCACAGUAGCUCCACUCAGCAGCACAAUAUACCCCAUUCCUGAUGUCACAAUUACACAACACUUUACAGCAGAGGAAGAUAUUGAAGAGGCGUUCAUAAAUGAGUAUGCAAGUGAGUCACAGGAGCCCCACUCAACAGCUUCAUCAGAAGCAUCUCAUCAUGCUACAAACAUCAGUAUACGGACAUCAACUGCAAGUACAACAUCCACAUCUACAGUAACAUCUUCAAUGACAAGUCCCACUUCAGUAGUUUGUGAAACACCAACUUCUGGGUCUACCCCUAUUUCAGUUUCAAUGAAACACACACACCCACCACCAGCACCACCACCACCACCUGUAUCUUCAUUCCAAAGUACUACAGGCAUAGUCUUUGUAGCUGAGGUCUCUUCUGCAACAAAAUCAACUGCUGCCGCCACCACUUCUGCUGAUGCAUUUAGUGUUCCCAAAUACAGAGACUCUGUAAUAGUUGACAUACCAUCUAAAGCUGAAGAUAGUACAUUUUCAAAAUCUACACCAAUGGUUACGUCAGUUGCCCCCCCUCAGUCAGGAGCUGAAAUAAAUUCAUCAGUGACCAAUCCAACUUCAGUCAGUGUUUCCCUUGCACAGGUUUCUCCCACUACUGCACCCCUAACAGUGUCACCUAGCAUAGACCAUGUUGUAAUCUCUGUGCCUGGUUUAGACAGUUCUACUGAUGUUACUCACACAGUGGUGAGGAAACCAAUUGUAACAAAAUCAGAAGAGGUAUUAAAACCUUAUGAACCUAAAACAACAGCAGUGAUGUGUUCAACAGGGGUUGCUGCUGCUCGAGCUGUCUUUCAGGCUACUAGCACAGUUCCAUCAGCCUCUACUUGUUCAAUUUCUAGUACUCCUCCUAUUGUUGUAAGUGUAUCCCCUUUCCCUGUUGUACCACAGUAUAAUUCCUCAAUAUCUACAACUGUUUCUACUGCUGUCACAACCACCCUGUCAAGAAUCCCCUCUACAACCUCGUCAGCCCCGUCUAUUUCCUCUCAAGUAUUCUCGUUUUUCAAACGCCCUUCUCAGGAGUCUGUACAUGUACCAGUGCCAUCACCACCUCCUCCACCACCUCCUCCCCCCCCUCCUCCUCCAUUACCACCACCAACCUUACCCAAGCUAUCUGUUUACCACAAAAAGAAACCACCAGUUAGUACACCAGCAUUAAUUCCAACUAUUGCAACAGUUCCAGUUUCCACAACAGUAACAUAUGCUCAGGCAACCAUUAUAACCACAUGCCCAAGUCCAUCAGUAAAAGGCUCAGUGAUUCCUAAUAUGAAAACCCCAGUUCCUCCACCUGUUCCACCUAAGCCAGUAUCCAUUCCAGCAGGGUUGUUGUUUGGUCACAGAACAGUAGAAGGAGUUAAGCCUCCAAUUGCCCCUAAACCAGGGGUAGCCCAGCCAACCAUAACUACCAAGGGAUAUACAGGGGAUUCACAAGCAAGAUCAUUCGUCCCACCAAGCACAACUGCUAUGACACUAAAUUUAAUCGCCCCAGCUGAAUGUAGAUUGAUAUCCCCUUCAUCCCCUAUGUCUCCCUAUUCUAAUAAAUCCUCACCAAGAUAUACUAAUUCUCUUCAUGAAACCUAUGUGGUUAUCACUUUACCAUCUGAGCCUGGCACGCCAACAGAAUUUAUAACAACCCAGGCUCCUUUAGGGUAUUCAUCAAAGCAACAGGGACAAUCAAGCAUGCCACCUAUGCCUUUUACUCAGUAUACAAAAUCUGUGGAAAGCCAAGAAGUUAUGGGUCCAGAUAAAUAUGUUUCAAGUGUGAGUCAUGUUUAUUCCUCAGUUUCAACUUCAGCAAAACCUCCUGUAACUUUGCCCAACCUAGUAGCACAAGUUGUGACCACAGAGGUUCAAAGAACUACAGUUUCUCUUGUUCGUGAAAGGUUACCCACUACAAAUGUUGCUAGUGUUGUCAUUACCAUUCCCCCAGAAACAGCUAAACAUCAACAACCUACAAGAAGUAAAGAAAAUGGCAACAUUGGUGAUGUGAUUGAUCUCCGUACUUUAACAAAGCUAGAUGUUGAGAUGACUGAUAAAGGAAUGGACUUAUCCACUGGUUCUGUGGAUUCAAGACGGCAGUCUUGGUCAAGUGAAGGCAGUGGACGGCAGAUAAGUGCUGUGCAGUCAGCUAUUGUCAAUCUGAGUACUGGGUCAACACCAGUAUCUACAUUGGCCGUUGUGACUGAGAGCAUAACCAUUGUGACUUGCACUGCUACUAUAGCAGCUUACAGCAGUGCAGGUGAGAGACCUAUGGAUGUAGGUCAUGCAAUGUCAAUGCCACUACAACUGACAACAUUGAAGCCUUUUGAGCCUGUUGCCCAAAUAACCUACAGAACCUUGGAUAGUCAGUCUCUAGCCACCAGCAGUUCAGAAGCCCCUAUAAAUCUGUCUUUUGGUACUGCUGCAUACAUAGGAGCUGGAAAGCCUGUAACUGUUGCUCCUACAGGCAUAACCAAUGGCUUCAAUGAUGUUUCUACAAACCCAGAAUCUGUUCAGAAUGGAGCUGUGGACCUAAGCACUACAAAGCCUCUUCGAACGAUGGUGGCUGUUAAUGAAUCUACUUCAGAUGUGGUUACUACCAUUAUAGAAGAAGAUGACAAACCUGUGGACCUAACUGCAGGAAGAAGAGCUGUUUGCUGUGAUGUUGUCUAUAAACUUCCAUUUGGAGGGAUCUGCACAUCACAGCAGCCUGCAACAACUUUGCCUGAAGAUCGUUUUGGGUACAGAGAUGAUCAUUAUCAAUAUGACCGCCCAGGACCUUAUGGCAUGCGAGGUAUUGGUAGCAUGAAACCUUCCAUGUCUGAAACCAACUUAGCAGAGGCUGGUUUGUUUCUUUACAAAAGCAAGAACAGCUUUGACUAUCGUAGUGCUGUGACAGAGGGUGCCGUGGACCUUACUUCUGGAAGACGAUCUGCAGGUGAAGUUAUGAACUAUUCAAGCAAGAGCAUUGGUCCCUAUCCAGAGACCAGACAAGUGAUUUCAGGAACUGGAAUCAGUAUUCCACAGUAUUCACACGCAAGAAUAACCCCACCAAUUGGAACCCAGUAUGGAGUAAACAGUGUAUUAAGAUCAUCCAAUGGUGUUGUAUAUUCUUCAGUGGCAGCUCCAGUCCCAUCUACGUUUGCCAUCACUACACAGCCUGGAUCUGUCUUUAGCACAACAUACAAAGAUUGGUCUGGACUGCAUACUAGUGAUACCAUGCCAUCUUUGUCAAGUCUACAGAACCAACCACUUCCCAGGUCAUACAGUUUUUUAACAAUCACAGCUACUGGUCAAGAAAGAACAGCUGGUCUUGAAACAAGUUUACAGAGUAGACCAUUAGAAACAUUGAUGACCGGGCAGAGUGAGUUGAUUCCUAUUGUAACAACAGCUUCUGAGUCAUAUACAGAUGCAUCAUUAGAUGCUAUAGCCUUGUCCCUGGAGGCAUUGGCCUCACCCAUUGCAUAUGAUGACAGUAAGCAGCAACAGUAUCAAAUGGAACGUGAACUUCUUGAACUUGAAAAGCUUAAGCAGCUGCGCCUAGCUGAAGAACUGGAGUGGGAACGCCAAGAGAUACAAAGGUUCCGUGAACAGGAUAAACUGAUAGUCCAACAAGAAUUAGAAGAACUGCAUACUAUGAAGCACCAGCUCCUUUUACAGCAAGAAGAAGAGCGACAUGCUCACUUAAUGAUGCAACAGGAGACCUUUGCCCAGCAACAGAUGCAGCUUGAGCAAAUUCAGCAGCUACAGCAUCAACUGCAGCAACAACUUGAAGAGCAAAAGAUUCGACAGAUCUAUCAGUAUAGCUAUGACCAAUCUGGCAGUGCUUCACCACAGACAUGUUCAGAACAAGUACUGCAGGAUACACAGUAUAGAGCAGGAGAGAAUGGCCAGUAUUGGCCAAUACAGGAUGAAACUGCACCCUCAUCUGCUGUAUCCGGGAUUGAGCUUCAACAAAAUGCUACCUGGUACACAGUUCCCUCAGAAGGGAUAGCUCAGUUUAUCCCUAGCUUGCCCAACUCUGUCUCCGAAAUGUCAUUAAAAGACAUUGAUGUACAAGAAGAUAGACAGCUGGAAAAGAGAAGCUCUAUGCCACGAUUACAUGGAAAGUACGAGGAACCUGACAAACCAUUGCAUGAUGAUGUUAGAUCACACAAAAAGAUUGUAGACAGUGGAGUGCAAACAGACGAUGAAGAUGGUGUGGACAGAUCUUACACUGGCAGGAGACGGAGAACCAAGAAGAGUGUUGACACCAGUGUUCAGACAGAUGAUGAGGACCAAGAAGAUUGGGACAUCCCUACUCGGUCAAGACGAAGGUCACGGGUAAGCAAAUAUGGCGACAGCACUGAGACAGAUAAAAAUAAGCACAAUUCUAAAGUAUCCAGCAUCGCAAUCCAGACUGUGACAGAAAUUUCAGUUCAAACUGAACCUGUAGGAACUAUAAGGACACCUUCAAUAAGGGCACGAAUGGAUACCAAGGUAGACAUAAAAAAACAUAUAUCUGCCCCAGAAAAGACAUAUAAAGGUAGUAGCUUAAGUUGCCAGACAGAAGUAGACACAGAUAAACAAACUGGCCAGUACUCGCCUCAAAAAGACAAGAAGCGUCCAACGCCAUUAGAGAUAGGUUAUUCCACCCACCUGAAAGCAGACUCUUCCCUGCAAGUUGCUCCAUCACCUCCAAAAUCUCCUAAAGUUCUGUACUCUCCUAUUUCUCCUGUGUCUCCAAGUAAAUCGUUAGAAUUUGUGCCAUAUGAAAAAGCUCUUGGUGCUGAGAUUACUCCACAGAAAAUGUCGACAUCUGAAGCGUCCACAGCUCCUCCUCCCAGCCCUAGAACAAUGAAGAUGAUGCAGAGGUCUAUGUCUGAUCCAAAGCCACUGAGUCCUACAGCUGAUGAAAGUACCAGGCCUCAUUUCCAGUAUUCUGAUGGUUAUUCGACUAAAGGUAGUCAAAGUGGAACACCAUCCGGAACACAAAAAAAAGUUAAAAGGACUCUUCCGAAUCCCCCUCCUGAAGAAGAUACAGCUGAAAACCAGUCAGGUUAUACCACUGUAGGGUCAGUUUCCCGUAGAAGAAUAUGCAGGACAAACACCAUGGCCAGAGCUAAGAUCCUUCAGGACAUUGACAGAGAGCUAGACCUUGUGGAGCGAGAAUCAUCUAAGCUUCGGAAAAAACAAGCAGAGCUUGACGAAGAAGAAAAAGAAAUCGACGCAAAGCUGAGAUAUCUUGAAAUGGGCAUUAAUAGAAGAAAGGAUGCCUUGCUUAAGGAAAGAGAGAAGAGGGAGCGGGCUUAUCUGCAGGGUGUUGCAGAGGAACGGGAUUACAUGUCAGACAGUGAAAUAAGCAACAUCAGGGGGACUAGGGUAGAUAGUCAGCAUGGCUUAGAAAGACCAAGAACAGCACCACAAUCAGAAUUUAAUCAGUUUAUGCCACCACAGACCCAACCUGAAUCCCAGUAUGCAGAACACACAAGUCCUUACACCCAGUAUCAAUAUGCCCCCCCUUCACUACCAACACAAGCCCCUUCUCAGUAUCCCCAGCAAACUCAUUACCAGCAGCAAUCACUGUACCACCAACAGGUAUCACCCUAUCAAACUCAACCCAGUUACUCAUCUGUACCUACAAUAUCCUACCCACAAGCACCACUCCCUCAGUCCCAACAGCCGAACUAUCAACAUCCAUCACAGAUGCUGUUAAUGCAAAAGCCCAGGCAGACCACACUAGCUGAUCUGGAACCAAAGAUAACUACCAAUUAUGAGGUAAUACGCAACCAGCCUCUUAUGAUUGUACCUUCUUCCACUGAAACCACAUAUGCAGUUCCCCAUAUGGGCAGUAAGUAUAGCAAUCUGGACCUGAGAAUAGGCUUGGAUGAAAGAAGUAGUAUGGUAAGCAGUCCCAUAUCAAACAUAUCAGCAGAUUCCUUCUAUGCAGACAUUGAGCAACAUACUCCUAGGAAUUAUGUUCUAAUUGAUGACAUUGGUGAACUCACCAAAGGUUCUACAUCUAUGUCUUCUACAUUUAACAUUCCUGACAAGGAUCUGACAAAAACGGAUCGACUGCUUCGCACUGGUGAGCUACGAAGGACUCCAGAAGUAACAGAUUUCCUUGGACCGUUACAGACUUCUUCAAGGAUGCAUACUUAUGGAAAGGCUGAUGAGGAUUCGAUGGAAGACCCAUAUGAAUUAAAACUGCUAAAGCAGCAGAUAAAACAGGAGUUCCGUAGAGGCACAGAAGGUUUGGAUCACAUGUCUGGGCUGCCCCACUGUUAUCAAAGUGAUAGCAGUUACAGACACUUCCCUAAAACUGAAAAGUACAGCAUCAGCAGACUGACUCUUGAAAAGCAAGCUGCCAAACAGCUUCCAUCAUCUGUGCUGUACCAAAAACAGACCAAACAAAAAAAGCCUUUAAUGGACCCUAAAGUCACCAAGUUUUCUCCUAUUCAGGAAAGCAGAGACAUAGAGCCAGAUUAUAGUAAUUACCUGGCCUCUAGCACAUCCUCGGUUAGUGGUCUUUCCUCUAGAGCUAAAUUACUACAAGAUGAUAUUACAUUUGGACUGAGAAAGAACAUCUCAGAUCAGCAGAAGUACCUUGGGUCUACACUCGGUGCAAACCUUGCACACUCCCUUGGAAACGCUUUAAAUCUGGUCCCAAACAUGCGAUCAUCACUGCAUGAUGACCUUGAUAAACCAUAUCCCAGUGGCACUAGGUCAAGGCCUUCAUCAAGACCUUCAUCUGUCUAUGGACUUGACCUUUCAAUAAAAAGAGAUUCCUCCAGCACAUCCCUGAGAUUAAAAACUCAAGAGAAUGAGCCCUUAGAUGUCUCAUACACUCAUGCACCACCUUCUGUGAGAACAAAACCAACGAGCCUACCAAUUAGCCAAAGCAGAGGGAGAAUUCCAAUUGUUGCCCAAAACUCAGAGGAAGAAAGUCCUUUAAGUCCAGUUGGGCAACCAAUGGGCAUGGCCCGUGCUGCUGCUGGACCACUUCCACCUAUUUCUGCUGAUACAAGAGAGCAGUUUGGCUCAAGCCACUCCCUUCCUGAGGUCCAGCAACAUAUGAGAGAGGAAUCAAGAACCUGUGGAUAUGACCGCGAUAUAGCAUUCAUUAUGGAUGACUUCCAGCAUGCAAUGUCAGAUAGCGAAGCAGGAGGCACUAGCUGGGAUUUAGAAGAAUGUGGCCCCAACAAUAAAACAAUUGAAACCUCCGAGAAUACAUUGGAAUGCAACCCUCCACUGCAUAACUACGCAUAUCACCUGCGUCGGGAAGAGACUGAUUGGUUUGACAAGCCACGAGAGUCCCGGAUAGAGAAUGGACAUGCCUUGGAUAGAAGACUCCCUGAAAGAAUGUCACACAGCAAGCAAAGCCAACACCAGCAGGGAGAUGCCAAGCCUAUUCAGUACAGCUUCCUUUAUUCCAAAAUCAAACUGCAGAAGGACCCCAAAGAUCACAGUGUAUCAGGAAAUGGUUUAGGUAUUAGGGUUGUGGGUGGGAAGGAGAUUCCAGGGAACAAUGGAGAAAUUGGAGCCUACAUUGCCAAAAUCCUACCCGGAGGGACUGCUGAGCAGACAGGAAAGGUUGUUGAAGGAAUGCAGGUUUUGGAGUGGAAUGGAAUUUCUCUGACUGGUAAAACUUAUGAGGAAGUCCAAAGUAUCGUUGGUCAGCCAUGUGGGGAAGCUGAAAUAUGUGUAAGACUGGACUUGAACAUGUUAUCAGAUUCCAAAAACCCAGAGCACCUGGAGCUCCACGACCAAACAAAGGCCGCAGAAAGACAAAGGUCUCCAGGAGUCGAUCCUAAACAACUAGCAGCAGAACUACAGAAGGUUUCUCAGCAACAGGCACCUUCUUCGGUCAUCUCAGCCACGGAGAAAGGCACCCACAUUCACUCAGGCACUCCAUCAGCUGCCUCUAGUGCUGUCCCAAGCCCUGGCCAGCCUGGUUCACCAUCAGUGAGCAAGAAAAGACACAGUAGCAAGCCUGCUGAAGCCUCAAAAUCCCACUCCCAUCCUAUCACUGGUGAAAUACAGUUACAAGUAAACUACGACAAACACCUUGGCAAUCUUAUUGUCCAUGUUCUACAAGCAAGAAACCUUGCCCCAAGGGACAACAAUGGCUAUUCUGACCCUUUCGUUAAAGUUUAUCUUCUACCAGGGAGAGGCCAAGUCAUGGUUGUCCAGAAUGCAAGUGUCGAGAACAAGAGAAGGACCAAGUAUGUGCAGAAAAGCCUUGACCCUGAAUGGAAUCAAACUGUCAUUUAUAAAAAUAUCCACAUGGAGCAGUUGAAGAAGAAGACCCUGGAAGUGACUGUUUGGGACUAUGAUAGAUUCUCUUCCAAUGACUUUCUUGGGGAAGUUCUCAUUGAUUUGUCCAACACCUCCCACCUCGACAAUGCUCAUAGGUGGUACCCUCUAAAGGAACAAAGUGACAGCAUCGAACAGGGAAGAUCUCAUUCCGGACAGAGCAGCCAGCAGUCACCAAAGCCAUCUGUGAGCAAAAGCAGAAGCCAUGGAAUUUUCCCAGAUCCAUCCAAAGACAUGCAGGUGCCCACCAUUGAGAAAUCUCACAGCAGCCCUGGCAGCUCCAAGUCCUCCUCAGAAGGACAUUUACGCUCUCACGGACCAUCCCGCAGUCAAAGCAAAACCAGUGUCACUCAGACCCAUCUUGAAGAUGCAGGGGCUGCCAUUGCAGCGGCCGAAGCUGCCGUCCAGCAACUCCGUCUUCAACCAAUUCAUAAAAGCGGUCUGGCAAGUCAUGCCAAGAAGCAGCACAGACACAGCAUAGCGGGAGUCCUCCCAAUUCAAAGAACUCAAUCUGACAAUCUGCCUUCACCAGCCAAUGAGAGCAAAGAUACAAGUCAGCUUGCCAUCAGGAAAGUGAUGUCUGAAGGAUCGCCCAAGUCUGAAGGAGCAAGGUCCAGCCACAGAGCCACUGACUCAUCUGUCUCGACUGCCUCAUCCAUCAGCAGCUUUGGCAGUGGAUACAGUGUAGACAGCGAAGGCAGCGCCACGGCAGGGGAAAACAACAUCUUGUCUGCUCCACGAAUGGGAAAGACUAUUCCAAAUGGUGCUGAGAAGCAACAAGGACUGGGCCUAUCAGAAACAGAAGGUAAAACCCAGAUUAUGGGGGAGAUUAAAAUUGCCCUGAAGAAAGAAAUGAAGACUGAGGGAGAACAGCUUGUAGUGGAAAUUCUUCAAUGUAGAAACAUCACCUAUAAAUUUAAAUCCCCUGAUCAUUUACCAGAUUUGUACGUGAAGCUGUACGUCAUCAAUGUAGCGACGCAGAAGAGAGUGAUUAAGAAGAAGACGAGAGUGUGCAGACAUGACCGUGAGCCUUCGUUUAACGAGACAUUUCGUUUCAGUAUGAAUCCAGCAGGGCACUCUAUCCAGAUGUUUCUGGUUUCGAAUGGAGGGAAGUUUGUGAAGAAGACUCUGAUUGGAGAGGCCUACAUCUGGCUUGACAAAGUGGACCUAAGGAAAAGAGUGGUUAAUUGGCACAAACUGUUGGUCAGCUCCACACAAAGCCACCCAUAACAACUGUUCAGAGUGGUUACACAACAUUUAUGUUGUUCCUUAGGAAAGAUGAUGUCCGGGUUCGUUGGUUUUGUACUGUUAGCUACUAGUAGACCGCCAAAAGGGUGAGGAGAGAAAGUCCCAGUCAUACUGAGGCUGCCACACUUCACAGAGGCCAGGUGAAGAAAGAGUUACAGAAUAUGACACCUUUAAAGUUCAAAAACAGGUACUUUCAAAAAGUAAAUGGAACUUAAAAUCACAUUUAACAGCAGUGACUUACUUAACUAGCAAGGAAGAAAUGACUAUGGGAAGGUGUUAAUCCAGAGAGGCUGGCUGCCAUAAAAUAGAAGGCAGGUUGGUUCUCUGUGUGGCACAAAGGAGAUAUUUAUUUUAUGCAGUAUAAACUUGUGCAGGGUAUCACAAGACAGAAUUUGCACAUUGCACUUCUGAAUAGUGUGAAGGUGUGUUUCUUGACACCUAGAGCUGUCAUUAAUGCAUUGCACAACGAUUAAGACAGGAACAAAGUUUUCAGAUGUAGUUUCUUUAGAAGUGGCAUUCUAGACUAUUACAGUGAUAUCUGAUUUAUUGGUGAGGUUUUAAUGCAUUUUACUAGGACAAGAUGUGUUCCAAUUGAUGUUGACACGUGGAAUCAAUGUAAUUAUUUUUGUUUUUUGGUUUUUUUUAUAUAUACUUAAUAAUUGCAACAUAGUGGGCAUUUGUUCGAAGAAAAAUAUUUUCUAUUACAGAUUUGAAUCAAUGUUUACUUAUGUCUUAAGCAUAGGUCAGGUUGUCAUUUAUUUUUCUCUUUGCUAACACACAUUAUUAAAUGCGUAUCACCUCAACGGAGUAGCCCCUCAAAUGUCAAACACACUGCAUUUUUACAUAAUACAUUCCUGGAUGACAUCCUCAUGUUAUUAAGGACUAUUCAUUCUAAAUACAGAUGAAGUUUAUUUAGUAUUCUACAGUAUAGAUAUAUGACAUAGGAGAAUACAGAAUCAAUGGGUUUCAUAUGCCAAUGAAAACCCUGAACUAGGGUUGGGGGUAUACUAUACCAGUAUUUAUGAGUAUGUGCACUGUAAAGCAACACCUGAAACAUCUGUAUAUUACAGUACAAAGGCUGCUGUUGUUUAUUAUUACUUAAAAAACAAAACUGCUUUGACCAGACCCUACUGUAUGUUUAUUACACUGUAAUGUUACACACCUAUGGAAUAUUGCUAGUGAAUCAGAUGGCUGGAAUUUUCCAAGCCAUUUUAUAAUACAAAAUGAACAAUGCAAAAUGAACUUAGUGCUCUUUGUAUUGUAAAUGAAGAAAGAUAGUCACCUAUGGUAAAACAAGGUGUUUUGGUAUAAUGUUUGGGGUUACCAUGGUAGAUUCUCAACACCUUAAGCAAUUUUAAGACCAUGCUUAUUUAUCUGAAGGUUUUUGCUAAAAAAAAAAAAAAAAAAAAAAAAAAAAUAGCCUAGAGAACCUCUGCUGCUUUACAUAAAAGCUUUGCUACCAUUUUAUCUCAUUGUUCUUUGGAAGUAGGAUAGUUAUUAUUUACAUACAGUAUAAUAUACUAGGAAAACAAUGGCCUCAUAAAAAGUAAAGACAUGAGCUUUCCAUGAUUUACUGACUAUGGUCUAGGGUUACAAGAAAUAACAUACAACCCUGUCAAAUAUAGUAGAAUGCAGAAUUUGAAGGACUGUUUGCCAUUAUUCACUUUAAUACUAAAAUUGUCAGGCCUGUUGUUUUUAAAGGUGUGAAGCAGCACUAGGGUUGGCAGUGUAAAAAAAAAAAAAAGUAUGCCAAUGGUUUCCAUGGAAAUGUCAAAAAUGGAAUCAUCACUGUGUGGUUGAAAAAUAAUCAUCUGUAAUUGUCUGCCAGGAAUUGGCAGCUUGAUACCAUCAUGCAGCAUGCCCCUGACAACAGUGUUUUGCAGUUAUAGACAAAGUAGUUUUCUAUUAUUGUUUCCCAGCCUUACUUGUAUAAAAUACAUUCCUGAAUAUCGUUGUGAAAUGUACACUUAUUCUUUCAAUGUCAUUAAGAAGAUGUAUCCUACAAUUCAGCAGAACUUACAUUGUGGUUAAACAGGAGUACUGUGGAACAUAGUCUAAUUCCAAAGUGCAGGUAGUCCAUAGCGGUUGUACUGUAGAUGUGAUUAGACUACAAUUGGUGAAUAUGUGUUUGUGGUCUGUUUUAGACCAGUUCUGUCCCAUUUUGACAUUUAAAUUCUCCAAGUAGCAGAAGGUAUCUCCUGGUAUUUCACAUCUUCAUCCAUAUAGAGUGUAGUACAUGUGCUACUGCUGAAAAACAGUCUCCAAGUUUUUAAUUUGCAGUGACUGCUUAACAUUUAAUGAAGUGGAAGUGGAAGAAAUAGAUUAUAAACUUCUUCGAAACUGACCAAUAUGUUUCAGUUCUAGAUCAAUUUUAAAGAGACUGAAAGUCUCUAUUAUCCUUAGUGAAACUAAUUAAAUGGGUUGGGAUAAUUGCCAUGACCCUAUGAUAUAAGAGGACAAGACCCAGAAUUGCACACUGAAUAACAAUUUGACUGGCCUUCUGUGGUACAGUGCUAUGAGACCUGAGACUUUCAAAUCAAUAUCAAUAUUAAUAAAGUUGUCAGCUAUGCUCUUGCAGUUUUAAAAGGCACAGGGUUGGUUUAAAAGUAAAAUAUGCUUAAAACAUAUACCAGCCUAAUUUUUUGUAACCAAAUUCAUAGGUUCUGUUGGAGUAAUUCUAUGCAAAAUAGACAUUGUGCUUUUAUGCAUUUUAUUAACAAAUGAAACAUAAGCAAACAUUAUGUCUGGACAAACUAAUCUUAUAUAGAUAAUGAACUUACUUUCUGUUUGUAUAUUAUUCUAAAGAAUUAUUUUUUUUAACCUGCCAGGUUGAAGUUUUAAACGCUGUACAUGGAGUUUGUGCACUUUAAAUUUAAGUUAUACUUUGUAUUUUUCAUUGUAUGUUAUUGCAUGCAAUAUAUUCUCCAUUUCACAAAGGCAUUCCUAUGUUGCAUUUAUUUGGUACCAAUUGAAGAGGAAGAGUUGAUUCUGGAAUCAUACAGGAAGGGGCAUGUUUUAGGGUAACAGCAGCACAAAAUAUUUGUUUACAAAUUGUUCUGACCUAUUAAUGAGAAGAUAUGCAUACAAUGUCUGUAAUAAUAAUGUGGAUUUACAGUUGCCAUUGUAAGUGGCUUAGUUGCUUUUCAGUACUCAAAUUAAGGAGACCACAUCCUUCCUCUAUGUUCUAAAUCUGAUUUCUCAGUGCAGUUUUUAUUGGCUGCUCAUCAUUUCAUGCAGCAUUUUACAGUAUUUUUUACAAUAUUUGUUUCCUAAUUAUUUAUCAGUUGAACAUUUCAUUCAGAAAACAUUAGUGUUACUUUAGAAAUGAACAAACUCACAAAUACAUGUUUAUAACAGCCAAUACUUACCAUACAUAUUAUUUGGGGAUAGAUAAUUGUGUCCACAUACAAAUUCAUUCAAAUAUUGCUUUUCAUUAUAUAUAGAAUGAUAUGGUUGAUCUUAAAUUUUCAUGUGUGCUUCAUAUUUAGUUUUCAUAAGCUCUCUUGUUUUCUGGUGAACUGGAAACCAAGGAGUCUUAAGAUUAUUGUGAAUUGUGAGAAUGUGGUUUCUUUAUUUAUAACCUUGUAAAUAUAUAUCAUUUUUUCUACCAGAAGAGAUUUACAUAUUUAUUACUUUGGUCUGGCAUUGAGCAUGUGAAUGUGAAAAAAAUGAUUCUCUUUGACUGUAUCUGUAUAGUUGUCUAGUGAUGUGCUCAGGUGAAUAUUUAAUUGGCUGAAUAGAGUGUGUGCUGUCAACCUAUCAGAAUCUGUACAGCAAACCUGAAGUUUUGCUUAAUAAAAACACAACAAAAUAAAAUAAAUAAAUACAAUUAAAAAAAUAAUAAAAACUUGAGUAGUUCCAGGAGAAUUUCAAUGUUUUCACAUUGGAUGUUGCAUGUUUUGUUGGUGGUUUGUUAAUAUAAAAAAAAAUGUAUACAUUUCAUUAAAGCAGUAUGAUAACUGUACAAAGAUAUGCUUGUAAAUCUUGUCUGGGUUUUCAAUCUGUGUAAAAAAAAAAAAAAAAAAAAAAAAAGUGGUUUUGUGGUUGUACACAGGAUGUAUCUUGAGAUAUUAUGCAAUUUGUGCUGUACAAAAGGCUGUUCCCUCAGUCUAAAUAAUAAAUAUUUAAAAAAUG